CCGCGCUGAGGCGCACGGCGCAGGCGCGCGGGGCGGGACGCUCGCAAUGCGCACGCGCCGCGCCAGAAGGGUUCCUGCGAGGUCAGUGGGCGCCUCUGAGUUUGCGCGGGAAGAUGGCCGAGCGGGUCCCCAAGUCGGUGCUGUUCGUGUGUCUGGGUAACAUCUGUCGCUCACCCAUUGCAGAAGCAGUUUUCAGAAAACUUGUGACUGAUCAGAACGUGUCAGAUACUUGGAGGAUAGACAGCGCAGCGACAUCCACGUAUGAGCUAGGAAACCCUCCUGAUUACCGAGGGCAGAACUGCAUGAAGAAGCACGGUGUCCCCAUGAGUCACAUUGCCCGGCAGGUUACCAAAGAAGACUUUGCCACAUUCGAUUAUAUAUUAUGUAUGGAUGAAAGCAAUCUGAGAGACUUGACCAGAAAGAGUAAUCAAGUUAAAAACAGCAAAGCCAAGAUCGAGCUGCUCGGGAGCUACGAUCCGGAAAAACAGCUGAUCAUCGAGGACCCGUAUUACGGCAACGACUCCGACUUCGAGACCGUCUACCAGCAGUGCGUGCGGUGCUGCAGAGCCUUCCUGGACAAGGCCCGCUAGACGCGGCUCCCGUCCCGCGUCGAGGUGGAGCCGCUCGAGGCCCGUGCGGUCACUUCGGCCGACCUACCGUUUCUUGUAUUUAAAAUAAUUCUGCAUGGAAAGCAGCUGUCGUGUUUGGCGAAAGAAUAAAUAUCUGAUUCAGUUUAUUCACGUGAAGUAUUUUUAGCUUAGGGGAACGCCCACUUUACUCCAGUUACAAACGCAACUCGUGCAACCACCAGAUAGAACGCAGCGCAGGCAAACGGCUCUAAGGCCCAGGCUGACUUGUGAGGUGUGUGAGUGAUCAGCUCUACCUCCUGCCCACCUUCGUGGGCGACAGACGGACACCUUCUGUCCCAGCACCACCUCUGUGCACCAGGACCUCCGUCCACAGAGCUCACAGCCUAGACACGCGCACUCGCGCACACCUGCAUGUUUACAACUUAGGAAAGAGAUUUAUUUAUGGAAUUCUUAGCGCCUUUAAUACUUCUGUUUUAUUUCAUGAGGAGGUCAUCUUAUGUGCUCCCAUAUGAGCCACUUUGCCUCUGGAAGUUUAAUUAUAUCUGGAAAGAAGGACACGUGUAUGCUGGUCUGUAUUAGGCUUGGUUUGAGGAACAUGUCUGCUUUUAGAUACAUAUACAACCCAAAUGUCAAACGUAAAUUAGCUUAGGUGAGAAAAAUGAUUAAAAAGUUGGGAAAAAUUCUUUUAUGUUAGAAUACUUAAAUAUUAAUAUGGUAACAAGUAUUCUUUUGUCAAUGUUUAAUUUAUAGGCAAAUAUAGCUGAUUUCUAUGUACUUUGAGAUAACUAAAAUUCAUAUGGCUGUAUGUCAGAAAAGACUUUUCAAAAUAAACUGGAAGAAUUAUAAAAAUACAACUAA